AUAUUUUCAUAAAAUAUAUAAUUAAUAAAGUACCAUAGCUUUGAUUCCUGUCUCAGCUAUAAACCAAUAGCUGAUUUAACUUUAUGUAAAGAAAAGAACAAUUUCCACUUUUUUUUUUCUUUUUAUUUUUUAAAUUCUGUUAUUAUUCCAAGUAGCCUCACAUUUAAGUAAGUACUACAAAUACCAGCAAGAUCUUCUAUCAAAUUCCAUUGAACUUUCUUUAGUGACUUCUUUAAGCAAGCAAUCCUAGCUCAUAUCAGGAUGGGCUAUUCAAAAUGGUUUGAGUUUGUAGUUUGUAUUGUAAUGUUGUUAAGAGUAAAUAGUUUUCAAGUUCCAAUAACUUUUGUUCAAGAUGCAAUAGCAAAAGGUGGUGUUUGCUUAGAUGGAAGUCCACCAGCUUACCAUUUUGAUAAAGGCUCUGGUUCUGGUCUUAACAAAUGGUUGAUUCAUAUGGAGGGAGGAGCAUGGUGUAACAAUGCGACUACGUGCUUUGAGCGUACAAAAACUCGUUUAGGCUCAUCUAAGCUAAUGACAACACAAUAUACUUUCUCAGGGAUACUAAGUAACCAAGCAAAGUACAAUCCUGACUUUUAUAACUGGAAUCGAGUUAAGAUUCGAUACUGUGAUGGAUCAUCGUUCACUGGAGAUGUCGAAGCUGUUGAUCCCAAUGCUAAAGUUUACUACAGGGGAGCUAGGCUUUGGAGGGCAAUCAUGGAUGAAUUAUUAGCUAAAGGAAUGAAGAAUGCUGACACUGCAUUGUUUGCCGGGUGCUCAGCUGGUGGGCUAGGAGCAAUUCUACAAUGUGAUAAUUUCCGGGCUUUGCUGCCUUCCGGUGCCAAAGUGAAAUGUCUUUCUGAUGCCGGUUUCUUUAUCAAUGCUAAAGAUGUCUCUGGAGCAUCUCAUAUCCAACAAAUAUUUGCUGAUGUUGUUACAACACAUGGAUCAGCAAAAAACCUGCCUCCAUCGUGCACGUCAAAAUUUGAUCCGAAACUUUGCUUGUUCCCUGAGUAUGCUGCAAGGGGAAUCCAAACACCGUUGUUUCUACUAAAUGCAGCAUAUGAUGCAUGGCAGAUAAAGAAUAUCUUGGCACCAGGUGUUGCUGAUCGCCAUGGGACUUGGCACAAUUGCAAGGCUGAUAUAGUCAAGUGUUCUGACGCUCAGCUCCAAACCAUGCAUGGCUUUAGGCAAGAUUUUCUAGCCGCAUUGGCAUCUUUAGGUGACUCGCCUUCUAGAGGUUACUACAUUAACUCUUGCUAUAGCCAUUGCCAAUCGGGAACUCAAGAGACAUGGCUAAGAAAUGACGCUCCCUUGCUAGAUAACACGAUGAUCUCAAAGGCGGUAGGCGACUGGUUCUAUGACAGGAAACCCUUUCAGAAGAUCGAUUGCCCUUACCCUUGUGACAAGACUUGUCACAACCGUGUUUUUGAGUAACCAACAUUGAAUUUCUUCUUCUUUUUGCAUUCAACUUGAGGAAUCCAGAAGUUAUAGAAGAUAUAUAUAUUGUAUUUAUUUAUUAAAUGUAUGAAACUACUUAAUUUUUAUAAACAAUAAAGUCAUUUGGUUUA